AUGGCACCUCCUUCUGGGCACAGCUUCUUUCUGAUCAGCGUGCUGGGCGUCUUUGCACUUGACUGCUUCACCAGGGCUCAGAGGAACGGCACGCUCAUUUUCACCAAGGAAAACACCAUUCGGAAGUGCAUCUGCUCAGCAGACAUCCGGGACUGUGACUACAGUUUGGCCAACCUAAUGUGCAGCUGUAAAACCAUGCUGCCUCUUGCCAUCGAGCAAACGAGCUACAGUGACCAUCUGACCAUCUGGUUCACAGACACGUCUGCACUGGGGCUUCUGCUGAACUUCACGCUGGUCCGGGACCUGAAGCUUUCCCUAUGCAGUACCAACACCCUCCCCACUGAGUACCUGGCUGUUUGUGGUCUGGAGAGGCUUCGGGUCAGCAUGGAGGCCAAGCAUCCCUCCCCUGAACAGAGCUUACUCAUCCACGACGGUAGGGAGAGCGAAUCCAGACAGAAGCCCACGUUGUUCCAGCAAGGCUGGCAAACCUGUACGUAUAUCUCCUUCUUAGAUAUGGCACUCUUCAACAGGGAGUCCACCUUAAAAUCAUACAGUGUUGCAAACUCUGCCAGCCUAGCCAACAACUUCCCCUACUUUUCCCACCUUAAAACCUUCCCAAUUCUAAACAACAAAAGCUAUGUCAUCACGUUCAUUUACUAA